ACACAAGAUUGAUUUUUUUUACUGCAAGAUCUUGUUUCUUGCAGUGAAGCUGGUUACAGCAAGAAGUGACAAGAAAAGUGUUCUUGCCUUCUUGCGCAAGAAAGAUAGUUUCUUGGGGCAAGAAAGAGGCAAGAAUGCGCAAGAAACGAUUCUUGGGCAAGAAAUGUCACAAGAUCUUGCAUUCUUGCUUAACAAGAACAUCGACUAGGGUCGUGUAACGCGUUCGUCUUGACGCAAGUUGAUGCAGCGAGUCACGGCACGACUCUCCCACGACGAUCGCAAAUCCCAAAUUAUUUGAAAAAUAACAGAAAAAAUUUUCUUUUCUCAGAUGUACAGCGUAUGGAGACCGUCGAUGUAUUCCGUGUUAUAUAAAGAAUUUUUCUGGUGAAAAAGUCAUAGGACGAAACUUCUGGAGUUACACAAAAACCAGAUAGGAUUUUGCUGGUGUUUUUAAUUUUUUUUUCCGGCUACACGUACGGAGAUAGUUAUUACUCUACACUAUAGAAGGCUCUGUUUUGUGAAUAUCCGUACGUGUAGAAUCGAAAAAAACACCAAAGGAAAUCCUAUUUGGUUCUUGUUUGUAUUAAUCUGCAACUUUCAGGCAGCGAAAUCUUGCGAAUUUCAUGAAUUUCACCGAAGAAAUUAUUAUAUAUCACGGAAUAAGUCGCCGGUUGUUCUCUUGUAAAGCAGUCGUGUAUUAAGCGGCUAACUACAGUUUCGAAAACUGAACUACUUUAUAAAGUAUGAAAUCUUCAGCAUAUUCUGUGAUAAAAGAACUUUUUCCAAUAGCGACAUCUGAAAGAUUUUAAUUGCUCAAAAUUUGUGAUGAAUCAAUAACUACAUGUUAGCCGUAUCGCGGUUAUAAUAUUCUUUCAUCUGAUUUCCUCUUCUUCAAAAUUUGACAUUUGAGUUAUCUUCGACGGAAAAAUUAACGGCUAGUCGAGAACUACCCUAUUAUGUUUUGGAAAGCCAGUUUCAAGCCAAGUUUUUGCGAAAUCGUUCUAUAAGGUAGCACAGUUUUUUCGAAAAAACUGCUUGAUGUGCAAAACCAUAAUAGAAGACAUUUAUUUUAGAAGGCGUUUAUAUUUAGCUUGUAUUUUAGUAUAGGAAAUAAUAAUAAUCUAUUCAGGAAAAGUAGAAUUAAUGUAGAAUUAACACAUUAUAACUAUCUUUCUUCAUUCGUAGAAAAACAUUUAAAUAUUAGGGGGAGCGAAAGUUCGCAUGUAAGAAUGGAUUUUCGAAAGUUUUUGAUACUGAUGAUGGUUUAAGUAAGCCGGAUUUUAAUAGAAGUACUGCUAUCAUAUACUUGUAUACUCAAGUGCACAAAUUUUGAUUAUUAUCAACAACUAUAUAAUGCGUAAAAUUGCAUCCGACAUGCACCAGUCCAAGUCCAGACUUGAUAAUUUUUCCAUGCUUUUAGAUUAAAAUUGUUCAUUCCUGCUUAUUCUACCAUUCUUUUAAAUUUUAGAUGUAAAAUCUCCAUUUUCCAUGUCAUUCUUUCGGAUUAAUGGCAGUAAAGGUAAUCAAAUGAUUUUGUUUAACUUCAUCAAUAUUUUGAUUUUUUUUCAGCAAAACGUGAUCGAAGCAAAAGUCGAACUCGUUAUGAUACUGAAGAUCUUCCAUUCAUUCAACGUCUACCAUAUUAUCGUGAUUUAGCUGUACAGUCCGGUAUGUUUUUUCAUGAAAUUUCAGUAGAAUUAACCUCAUUACGAUAUUCAAGAUUGAAUCGGUCUCUCUAUCAACUCGUUUAUACACCCAAUGAUGAGCUAAAUUUUUUUGUUCUCUAUAUGGAUGCAUGUGGUUUAUCGAGUUAUCUAAAAUUUAUACUUGAUGUACAUGCCUUUGAAAAAUUAACAAAAUUAGAUGGAGCAAAUACAAAUAAUGAUCAAAAACAUCGAACAGUUACAAAAAUGCAUAAACAAAAACAACAAGAAGGAAAUAUCACCAGUCAGCAACAAAUAGACGCAUUGAAUAUAUUUCAGAAGUAUCUUGCGUUAGAUGCAAAAUAUUUAGUUCCAGUUGAUGAUGACACUCGUCGUACAACGUUGUGUAGGUAUUUUGAGCUAGAACGUAAAAAUGACUAUAUAUUUCAUUUCGUAGGUUUAAUUUGCCCAGCAACAAAAAGUCCAAAUCCAGAAACAAAUUGUUUUCAAAUGGCCAAAGAUUUUGUAUGGAAACUUAUUGAGCAAACUUCCUAUAGAUCUUAUUUAUCAAGUACCUAUCAUGUUAGAUAUCAACUAAAACUAUUAACCAGUUCCGAUAUACGAUUGCAUGAUAUUCUGUAUAAUGAUUCGUCACUGUCUUAUUUUAUGGAGUUUAUUGAACAACAACACUCAAUUGAUUUACUUCGUUUUUGGUUGACAAUUGAGCAUUAUUAUCAAAAUACUCUUAAUCCAAUAAUUGAUAAUCAAACACUAACAGAAAAUGCAUUGAAUAUUUAUGAACAAUACAUAAGUCUUCAAGCUCGAAAUCGUUUGGGUUUUGAUGAUGCUAUUCGUGCUAGAAUCGAAUGUAGUAUAUGUCAACAGGACGUUAAUUCAGGACCAUCGGCGGAUACAUUUGAUCAAACAGCAUGGAUUGUUUAUAAUAUUCUCAAUCAGGAAUAUUUUUCAAAUUUUCUACGAAGUGACAUAUUUUGUCGUCAUAUUUCUGAUUUAAUGCUCAGACUACAGAAUGACGAUGUUGUAUGUUCAACAUCCAUUAAAACGGAUUCAGAUACUACAUCGGUUAAUUCGGAAACGCCCAGUACGAACAGUAAUUCCAAUCAACAACCAAUACCACCGAUCGAAGAAUCAAAACAACUACGACAAAGAAACGUUAGUACAUCAUCAACACAAAGUCAAGAAAAUAUUAAAUGGAAAGGCAAAUUAUCAAUGGCACAUAUUGAUGAAUUAGGAAGAUUCGUCAGAGAUAGCGAUGUUGAAUCGAUUGAUUGUUUGGCUAAAAAAUCUUAUGGACCAUUGCAACGUUUAUCACUCUUCAUGAAGAACGAAGAAAAUGAAAAAGAAAUGGAAGUGAAUGCAGCCAAAUUUGCUGAAAAUUUUAUUAAUUCUAUAACCAAUCUUACAAUGAAUGACAAUGGUGAAAUUUUUAAAUUUCAACCGUCAGUUGCAGUUACUCAUGUACGACAUUAUCAGAAGAUGUACACUGCACAUGUAACAUCGACAGGUGGACGAGAUGGAAGUUCAAAAUCUGAUGACAAGGCUGGGUCUUUAAAUGUGAAAUUGAGUAGACCAAAAGAAAUGGGUGGAAAUGGUAACGGAACAAAUCCGGAAGAAUUAUUUGCUGCCGGAUAUAGUGGUUGUUUUCUUGGAGCUAUGGGAUUAGCUGCCAAAAAUUUAAAGAAAACAUUACCAUCUAGUACAACAGUAUCAGCUGCCGUUACUUUGGGAAAACAUAAUAACGGUAAUCUUGGUUUACAAGUUGAACUGACAGCAAAACUACCUGGAGCAAGUCAGGCCGAUGCUGAUGCCAUUGUAAAAGAAGCCCAUACUAUUUGUCCAUAUUCACAUGCUACAAGAAAUAAUGUUGAAGUUAAAUUAAAUGCUACAACAUAA